UCCAAGGCAAGGCUGGCAAUCAGCACAGAGCAGAGGCCAGAGGUGUUGGGUCUCCCUGAAGCUGGAGUUAUAGGUGAUCAUGAGCAUCUGUUUGUGAGCCGAGCCAUCUCUCCCGCUCCUUGAAGCCAGUUUUCAUCAUUUACUAGUGACUGACCACAUACCGACCCCAAGCACCAUGGAGCACUUCAGCUCAAAGAGUCUGGCACUACAAGCGGAGAAGAAGCUGUUGAGUAAGAUGGCUGGUCGGUCCGUGGCGCAUCUCUUUAUCGACGAGACCAGCAGCGAGGUGCUAGAUGAGCUUUACCGCGUCUCUAAAGAAUACACGCACAGCCGGCCCAAGGCACAACGGGUGAUCAAAGACCUCAUCAAGGUAGCCGUCAAGGUGGCCGUGCUGCACCGCAGUGGCUGCUUUGGCCCUGGGGAGCUGGCUCUGGCUACGCGAUUCCGCCAGAAGCUCCGGCAGGGCGCAAUGACCGCACUGAGCUUUGGGGAGGUGGACUUCACCUUUGAGGCUGCUGUGCUAGCAGGUCUGCUCAUCGAGUGCCGGGACAUUUUGCUGGAGCUGGUGGAGCACCACCUCACACCCAAGUCACAUGACCGCAUCAGACACGUGUUUGACCACUACUCUGACCCUGACCUGCUCGCUGCCCUCUAUGGGCCUGACUUCACUCAGCACCUCGGCAAGAUCUGUGAUGGGCUCCGGAAGCUGCUAGACGAGGGGAGGCUCUGAGGCUCCGGAGCUCAGCACACUGGACUUUUUUGGCAAAAUGACUGACUGGGAAAUGACACAUCGGGCUCUCUAACCCUGCACAAAUGCUUCUCAAUCCCUUGGCUUCAUUCUCUCCCAAGAGUGCUAUUGACACCGAGGCCGCCCUCACCCACGAACUGCUGGUGGACUAAAGUAAGACUGAGGUGAGUGAGUGAGUGGUUCUCCAUCCAGUUCCAGUAAAGGAAACAGCUGACUGAAGAAGAAGUGAAACUCAGAUCCGCUUCUCCCAGGAGGGCCGCCCAGGACAGGGGAUCCUCCUCCACAAACCCAAGGAAGGGGACCCCCUGGAUCUCCUAGAGUUGGAGGCAGCAUUUGGAUACAUACAGACAUCCAGAGCUUCUAGAAGGAGCUGGGGGAAGGGAGGCACAGGGAAAAUAAAACCACUAACACGUGCA